AAAAUAUUGUUAUUUAAAAAACCUGUCAAGGCUUAAAAUCAUCCGAAAAUGGCUGCUGUCGUGCCGACCAAACAAUUUGACAUGGAUGCUGGAGCUCAGCAGAGCUUCGUUAGAUGCUACAAAAGUUUACCAGAGAAACCGAGCAGCACCAUAAGGUUCUUCAAUCGAGCGGAUUACUACACCCUGCAUGGAUCCGACGCCCUGUUCGCUGCCCAGGAGAUCUUCAAGUCAACAGCUCCCUGCAAGAAGAUCGGACCAGAGCACAGCAAGAUCGACGGACUCCUGCUAAACAAGAACCACUUUGAGAGCUUCAUAAAGGAAUUGCUGCUGGUCAAGCAGUACCGCGUCGAAGUCUACGUGAAUCAGGGCACGCAGAAGAACCAAGACUGGGUGCUCGAGUACAAGGGCUCGCCCGGCAAUUUGAUACAGUUCGAGGACAUUCUCUUCGGCAACACCGACAUCGCCGUGGUCGCUGCUGUCAUUGCUGUCCGAUUCGCCAAUGAUGGCUCCUCUAAGGUCGUCGGUGUCAGCUGCAUCGAUACGGUCAAGACCUUGAUUUCGGUGUGUGAGUUCAAGGACGACGAGAAUUUCGUGGAUCUCGAGGCAGUGGUCGUGUCCCUGAAGCCGAAAGAAUGUCUGUUACAGGGUGGCGAGACCAACCCGGAUUUUCAAACGAUCAAACAGCUCAUGGAGCGAAACAAUGUCCUCGUUACGCCGAGAAAGAAGGCAGAAUUCAGUACGGAUUCCCUGAUACAGGAUCUCAAUUUGCUCAUCAGAUUCGGCAAAGGACAGCAGCGCAACGCUCAAGCUCUGCCACUCACCAACUUGAAACUGGCAAUGUCGGCGACGGCCAGUCUCAUAACUUACUUGAACCUGACGGGUGAAGGCAACGAGAACCAGUACAGCUUGGACGAGAUCGAGCGCAGCCGCUAUGUGCGCCUCGAUACCGCGGCUAUCAAAGCGUUGAACGUGGAGCCGCGCACCGAGUCCUUGAGUGCCUACGGAGCUGGCUCGGCGCACUCUAGUGUGUUGGGGAUCCUCGACAAGUGUCGCACACCCCAGGGUCGGCGCUUGCUCGCCCAGUGGAUAAGACAGCCGCUGCGCGACCUUGCGCUCAUCAACGAGCGCCAUGACAUUGUCGCUACUCUGUUUGACAACUCGGAUCUGAGGACCGAGCUUGGCGAGGAACACCUAAGGCGCGUGCCCGAUUUGCAACAGCUAGCUAAGAAGCUUGGAAGAAAGAAGGCUGGCCUGCAGGAGUGCUACAAGAUUUAUCUGUGCAUGAUGCACUUGCCACAAAUGGUCCAGAAACUGUAUGAAAUUUCGAGCGUUGCGGCAGUUAAGGCUAUGAUUCUUGAUCCGCUGAAAGAACAUCUCACGGAGAUGGAUAAAUUUCAACAGAUGGUCGAGCAAACCAUUGAUUUGGAAGCUGCAGACAAGGGCGAGUUUAUGGUGAAAGCUGAAUUUGACGAUGAAUUAAAGGAAUUAAAGGAGGUGAUGGAUACAAAAGAACAAAAGAUGUAUUCUCAAUUGAAUAAAGCAGCCAACGAUUUGGAUAUGGAAGCAGGAAAAUCCAUUAAAUUGGAAGUUCAUCCUCAGUAUGGCUAUCACUUUAGAAUCACAUUGAAAGAAGAAAAGAGCAUCAGGAACAAAAAUUACAUUAUUUUAGACUCAAUUAAAGGAGGAGUAAGAUUUAGGAGCCAAAAGUUGGAAGACCUAAACGACGAAUACAUGACAGCGAGGAACUCGUACAUCGCUCAUCAAAAAACUAUUGUUGCUGAGAUCGUUGAAACUGCAGCUGGCUAUAUUCCUCCUAUCAAGAGUCUUGGCAACGUUAUAGCAACUCUCGACGUUUUGAAUUCUUUCGCGCUAGCAGCAACAUGUGCUAAUUACCCCUACAUACGACCCAAAAUGUUACCUAGUGAUGAUCAAGAGCUUUGUCUCGUACAAGUCAGACAUCCAUGCUUGGAAAAUCAGGAAGGAAUAAAUUACAUUGCUAAUGACGUGGUUUUCGAUAAAGAAAGUCGUUUCCUCAUCGUAACUGGACCCAACAUGGGAGGUAAAAGUACUUACAUCCGAUCCAUCGGAGUUUCAGCACUUAUGGCGCACAUAGGAAGCUUUGUACCAUGUCAAGAAGCUACCAUAUCGUUGCUCGAUUCUAUUCUUGCAAGAAUAGGAGCUGAUGAUUCACAGAUCAAAGGGCUUUCUACUUUUAUGGCUGAGAUGGUUGAAACAUCUGCUAUCAUACGGAUGGCUACUGCCAAUUCAUUGGUAAUUAUUGACGAGCUGGGAAGAGGAACUUCAACUUACGACGGCUGUGGAAUUGCAUGGUCGAUUGCCGAGCACUUGGCUAAAGAAAUAAAAUCGUACUGCCUCUUUGCUACGCACUUCCAUGAAAUCACACGACUCGCAGAAGAUGUUCCUACUGCAAAGAAUUACCACGUUACGGCUAUCGUCUCUGACAAGCUUACGCUGCUGUACAAAGUCAAGCCUGGUAUUUGCGAUCAAAGUUUUGGAAUCCAUGUCGCUAAAAUGGCCAACUUUCCAGAAGAUGUUAUCGAGUUUGCAAGACAAAAACAAGCGGAACUCGAGGAUCAGCAGGGCGCUGUUUUUGAGGGAUCAGAUGAUCCUGAAAAGAAAAAGGAAAUCAUUAAGGAAGGUGAAAAGUUGAUUCACGACUUUAUGGACAAGUGCAAGAGUUUUAAUAUCGAUACCUUGUCGGAGAAAGAAAUUGAGAAAAAAGUUUCGAGCUUGAAAAAAGAAGUCUUAAACUCCAAAAAUCCGUACAUCAAAGCACUAUUGGGAAAAUCAUAAAUAAUUUUGUCUAACCAAGCCAAUCAAUCAUACCUUUCACAAUUCAGUAUUAUUGAGUGUUUGGAACAAUUGUAUACCUGUCUUUUAGAUUUUUAUUU